CAGUUUUCCAUGAUAGGGAAGAUCUUUUGGAGGGAAAGAUUCUUUUUCACUUUCCAUUUCUAACCAUAUAUAGCCUACCUCCACAAUCAAUUGCGUGGUUUAAUUUGUCCUCAUAUGCGAAGAUUGUCGAUUACACAACAAUGUUGAAUUCUGUCCGUCUUCUUGUUCUUUCUCUUCUUCUACUGGUGAUCGAGAACUACGUAUAUGAUGAUGCAAGAUUCUUCGUAUAUGGUGUGGUUGAUGAAUAUGGAAGAGAUGAUUUUCCCGAUGAAUUCGUUUUUGGUUCUGGAACUUCAGCUUAUCAGUUUGAAGGAGCAGUACUAGAAGAUGGAAGGAGUUUCAGCAUUUGGGACACAUUUGCUCAUUCAGGGGUUCCCUGGAACAAUGGAGAAAAUGCAGACAUAACAUGUGAUGGGUACCAUAAAUACAAGGAAGACAUUGAACUUAUAGCAGACAUGGGUUUGGAAGCAUACAGAUUUUCUAUCUCUUGGUCGAGACUCAUCCCUAAUGGAAGAGGAUCAGUCAAUAUAAAAGGCUUACAAUUCUACAACGAUUUCAUCAACAGGCUUAUUGCCCAUGGAAUACAACCACAUGUUACAUUAAAUCAUUUCGACAUACCACAGAUACUUGCAAAUGAAUAUGGAGGAUGGAUUAGUAGAAAAUCAGUGAAAGACUUUGUUGCGUAUGCUGAUGUUUGCUUCAGAGAAUUUGGUGAUAGGGUUUUACACUGGACAACUUUUAAUGAAGCCAAUAUAUUUAGUUUAGGUGGUUAUGAUUAUGGGUUCUCACCACCUGGACGUUGUUCUUCCCCAUUUGGGUUUAACUGUAGCAAAGGUAACUCUACUUCUGAGCCAUACCUUGUAGCUCACAAUUUGCUGCUAUCACAUGCAUCAGCAGCAAGACUUUAUCGCCAAAAAUACAAGGCCUCACAACAUGGAUUUAUUGGAUUUAAUCUAUUGGGCUUUUGGUUUGAACCUUAUACAAACACAACGAAAGAUGUUAAAGCUACCCAAAGAGCUCGUGACUUCUAUUUGGGUUGGUUUUUAAAUCCCUUGGUGAAUGGGGACUACCCAGAAAUAAUGAAGAAGAAUGCAGGAAACCGAAUUCCAACUUUUACAAAAUUUGAAUCACAGAGAAUGAAGGGUUCAUUUGACUUCUUAGGCUUGAACCACUAUACCACAUUAUAUGUGAAGGACAACUCCAUUAGUCUUGAAAUGGAUACCAGGGAUUUUGAUGCAGACAUGGGAGUAACAUAUACAUUCGGCACUGGUAAUGAAUUUCCAGCUCAGUUCCCGGUGGCUCCAUUGGGUCUCCAAAGUCUCCUUAACUAUAUGAAGGAAGAAUACGGAAAUCCUCCUAUCUACAUCCAUGAAAAUGGCCAAGCACAACCACGGAAUGCAACAUUGAUGGACACCCCAAGGGUAGAGUACUUGCAUGCCUAUAUUGGUGCUUUGUUGGAUGCACUAAGGAAUGGAUCAAACACAAGAGGAUAUUUUGUUUGGUCUUUCCUCGAUCUCUUUGAGGUGAUUGGAGGCUAUGCUUCUGCUUAUGGUUUGUACUAUGUUGACAUGGCUGACAAGGAGUUGACACGAUAUCCUAAGCUAUCUGCACAUUGGUAUGCUAAUUUUUUAAAAGGAAAGAACUUAAGUGCCACAAUUCCAAACAUUAUGAAUCAUGUCCGGGCGUUACCGUCUGUAGCUUCCUCAACCCGCCUUCCACUCUGCCGCAUGACUCCCUCCACCCGACCAGCUUCUCCAUUCAAAACUUGUAAGUGGAGUUACUUUAUGAAAUCAGAUCCCAAGUGA